CUGCUAGACACGUUGGGGUAAACGGUCAUGCACCCGUCAGCCAGAGAGAAGAGAGAUCAUAUCUUUACCCACAAUCCACCAAAUUUCACCCCGCACUGCCUGCAGCAGCAGCAACAACAACAGCUCUACAUGUAUGAUCUGGAUCUCAGUAUAUCGUCCCCCCGACUUCGGAAUUAGAGAAGGUGUGCAGUUUUUCUGACCGAGUUCGGGUGAUCAUGAAUCCGGCUGAGCAGACAGUAACGUGGCUGAUCGCACUCGGGGUGCUGGAGUCUCCCAAAAAGCGGGUGUCUGAUCCGGAGGGUUUCUUGCAGAACUCGCUGAAGGACGGAGUGGUGCUGUGCAGACUGAUUGAGCGCCUGCGCCCCGGUCCGAACCUCACGGUCUUUCAGGAACCGAGGAGUGACGGGGAGUGUUUGAGUAAUAUCAGAGAGUUCAUCCGAGCCUGUGCUGUCUAUCGAGUGGAGGCAUUCGAGCCUGAUGAUCUGUUUCAAGGCCAGAACAUCACCAAAGUGCUGAAUUUUAUGAUCACACUCAACAAUGCAACAGCAGAUGUUGGUUUAGGCAGUGACUCUGUAUGUGUUCAGCGCUCCUCUCUGCGGAUCAAGUCCUUUGACUCGCUCAACUCUCACCCUGUCCGCAGGAGAUCCUCAAAACCAGUGCACAGCCAGUAUCGCAGUCUGGACAUGUCUGAGAACAGUUCAGCUCAUCUGCUGGUAAAGGCGCGGUUUAACUUCCAGCAGUCCAAUGAUGAUGAAUUAUGCUUCAACAAGGGUGACAUCAUCCAGGUUAUGCGGCAGGAAGACGGCGGCUGGUGGGAAGGGACAUUCGACGGCAAGACUGGCUGGUUCCCCAGCAACUAUGUCCGGGAGGUUAAAGGAAGAGAGAAGCCCAUCUCCCCCAAGCCUGGCACACUGAAGAGUCCCAAAGCAUUUGAGACCAGCACUGGUACCAAGACCUACUAUAAUUUGGUACUUCAGAACAUCCUGCAAACAGAGACAGAAUACUGUAAAGAGUUACAGACUCUUCUGUCAACAUACUUGAGACUGCUGCAGCCCACUGACAGACUUACUGUUACUGAAGUCUCUCAUAUUCUGGGGAACCUAGAGGAGGUCAGCUCCUUCCAGCAGACGCUUGUCCAGUCAUUGGAGGAAUGCACCAAAUUACCAGAGAACCAGCAGAGGAUAGGGGGCUUCUUUAUGUCCCUUAUGACUCAGAUGAGGAACCUUUAUGUAGCUUAUUGCUCCAAUCACCCCUUGGCUGUCAGUGUACUCACACAACACAGUGAGGAGCUGGGUGAGUUUAUGGAGAGUAAAGGUGCGAGCAGUCCUGGGAUCCUCACCCUCACCACCAGCUUAAGUAAACCCUUUAUGAGACUGGAUAAAUACCCCAUACUGCUUAAAGAGCUUGAGAGACAUGUGGAGGAUUUUCACCCAGACCAUCCUGAAAUUCAGAAAAGCAUUCAAGCAUUCAAGAACCUCUCGGAACAAUGCCAGGAGGUGAGGAAGAGGAAGGAGCUGGAACUGCAGAUUCUAACUGAGUCGGUGCGGAGCUGGGAGGGCGAGGGCAUUAAGACUCUGGGCACUGUCAUAUACAUGUCUCAGGUCCACAUUCAGAACCACGGCAGUGAGGAAAAGAAUGAGCGUUACUUGCUGCUCUUCCCCCAUGUGCUGCUUGUACUCUCCGCCAGUCCCCGGAUGAGCUGCUUUAUUUACCAGGGAAAACUUCCUUUAACAGGGAUGACUGUGAGCAAGUGUGAAGAUGUGAGAAAUGCAUUUGAAAUAUCUGGGAGUUUGAUUGAUAGGAUGCAGGUGAUCUGUGCUAACCAGCAGGAUCUACAGGACUGGGUGGAGCACCUUCAUCGCCAGACCAAGCGUACAUCCACCAGUUCUACCAGUUUAAAACCGCAGUCUGUGCCAUGCCAUACGCUCCCCACUCAACCUCCAACCCCAUCCAGACACUCUGAGAGUCGAGGGACCUACCACACCCUGCCUCACCCAUCUUCCCACUGCACUCCACACAGCACCAUAAUGUGGGGACCGCUGGAGCCUCCCAAAACCCAGAAACCCUGGAGCAUGAGCUGUCUCAGACCAGCACCACCACUUAAACCAUCAGCUGCGCUCUGUUAUAAGGAGGACCUUAGUAAAAGCCCCAAGAGUAUGAAGAAACUUCUACACAAACGUAAAGAGAGGAAACCUUCAGACGAGGAAUAUACUGUGAGGAAAAGUACUGCAGCUCUGGAGGAGGAUGCACAGAUCCUCAAAGUAAUAGAGGCGUACUGCACAAGUGCCAAGACGCGCCAAACACUUAAUUCAAGAUCGAAGAAAGAGUCGGGGCUACACAUGCUUUUUCCUGAAGAGGAGAAAAUUAUUGUGGAAGAAACAAAGAGCAACGGACAGACAGUGAUUGAGGAGAGGAGUUUGGUGGACACUGUUUAUGCACUGAGGGAUGAAGUUCAGGAACUUAAACAGGAUAACAAGAGAAUGAAGAGCUGUCUGGAGGAGGAGCAGAAGGCAAGAAAAGACCUGGAAAAGAUAGUCAGAAGAGUAAUAAAAAGCAUGAACGACCCUUCUUGGGAUGAAACAAAUUUAUAAAGUCGACCAAUGACGAUUAGCCUAAAAGACUGAGUGACGAUUAGCCUGAAAGAGGACACUGUAAACUAAAAAUGACUCAUAAAUACCUUUUGGGCUGAGAGUAAAGUUGAAGAGGCUAAUGCAGAUGCAUAAAACAGACUUAAUUUGAUUCCAGCUCAAGAGUCUUCAGUUUACCGGUGCCAAAUCUGCUGGCGUUUGCCAAAUGAAAUAUCAGCAUCCGAACCGAAAUCGAUAUUGGAAUAGUGGCCAAAUACAGCUUGCGAUUUUGCCUUAAUUUUUAACACAUUUUUAAAAAUGUACUAAUAUAUAAUUAAUGGUAAGUAUGAGUUAUUCUGUACCUGAAAAUCUUUCUCUAUUCACAAAUUGACUGUAUUUCAGUAAAUUCUUAGUUUGUACCUUUACUAACAGUUUAUAUACCAGCAUGCACUUUUUUUGCAAUAGCUGAUUGUCACCUCACAUGGUUCCUGGUUUGACAAAAUCCUGGGAGUCUCAGGGAUUACUUGGCUGAAGUUAAUAUUUCAGUCGGGAACUUCUUUGGGAACUUUAACAACACUGUGAAAAAGAAAUGACUUACUGACAAUAAAACACAGCCGGUAUACCACUGGAACCAACCAGAUAAAAGCUUUUUUUUCUUGCCUGUAACUCUUUUAAUUUUUUUUUUGUUUGUAUUUUAUUUUUUACUAAUAUGUUUGUACAAAUAUUAAUUUCCUGCCAAUAUUGCAAAUGAGGAGCAGUAAUGUGCCUUCUUGGGAACUUUUUUUUGGAUUUUUUUUUCUUUUUCCUUUUUGGGAAAUUGUUUCUAAGUAUAUACCUAUUCUCUCUGCAAUUCCGGGACUGUUUGUAACAAAGUACAUAUGCAACAGAUAUCUGAUUAUGCAGCACUAUGAAACUGACCACAUAUGAUUCCUUCACAUUGUCUAAUUUAUGUAUUUAAAUGAAAUGAAAUAAAUGUCUACUGCAAACACUUUUAUUCAUUUGCGGGUACCAAUUUUUAUGGGAAAUAUUUCUAUUCACACUAUCCCACUGUACUUUCUUUAAUUUGUACAAUCAGUUUUUUUUAAUGUCCUCUGUAAUCUGUAUGAAAAAUUAUGUGAAUUAAAAUAAAUCCUUACUUAUUAUUUAUACUUUAAUUUCUGUAAGUGAUGUAGCAUGACUUGCUAGCUUCUUGAUUCACCAAAAUAUGUAUGUCUUUAUUCAUAACCAAAGCCCUGUGUAACCAAACCAGUGUUAUUCUUGUCAAUGAAAUUGAUGAAAAUGCUUGUGAAAACAGCAAAAGCAAUUAUGAUUUAAACAAAUUAUUGAAAUAUAAUAAAUAC